AUGACCUGUCAUUGUAACCAUCCUGAGUAUUACACUCACGGCUCUACAAGUGCUACUAGUCCUCAUAAUUCAAAUUACGUUCGUACUCACUUUUUCACUAAUAUAGUUACAGGAACUUUGUCGAUAGCCCUACUCAAUAGACCAGUUGAAGAGCCUACGAGUCAAUGUAUGUUUACGGUUUGCAGUCCACUGGGGCCUUUUGUUCCAGCUCCUCCUGAAGUUGCGAUGCGAAUGUUCCGAGACCAAGGAGGUCCUUCUCCUUUUGAUGGUGGUAGAAAUGGAAGGUCAGGGCACCAGGUCAGUGGGCCUGCCCCAGUAAUAGCUUUACCUCCAACAUUCCGACAGGAUCCUCGGAACUUGCGAAGGUCAGCUGUUCUUCCUUAUAUUUUCUGUAAGUGGACAAUGAUACACCAAUGUAGUGUAGCAAGCUAUAAUGACCUGGAUGCUCAAGAAGAUGAAGUAACGGUGAUCGACUAUAGGAGUCUAUAA